UCUCACAUUCACUUAGCAAGCCAUGUUCGAUUUGUCCGCUUUUCGCUCGGAGAACCCCUCCCUAACUGUGUCGCUGGUCGGCAAGAUAUUUGACGACAUCUGCAGUCAGUCCCAGACAGAUAACCAGACAACGGCUAUGUACGUUUCCCGCAGUGUGGUACAAGAUGUGUUCAAUAAACACGGGGUCAGGGCUGAGAAGCUGCUGGAUGCUAGCAAGGUUGAAGGGGAUAUUCUCUACUCUCCUACUAUUGUUGCUCUCCUUCAGGCAGCAGCAAGUGAUGAGAAGAAGGUGUUUGCUUUGAUCAUCGUGGAUGUGCAGAACGACUUUAUCUCUGGAUCCUUGGCUGUUAACGAAGGAGAGAUGGUUGUCCCGGUUAUCAACGAGAUGGGGCCUCUCUUUAGCCACAUCUACAAAACCGCGGACUGGCACCCAACAGACCACAUCUCAUUUCACUCCAACGUAAAGAAGUGUUUGUGGCCCACGUCAGAAAAGUCCACUAUCAAGGGCUGCGAUAGCUGCAUGUUCCAGACUGUCGUAGUUAGUGGUCCCCCAGAGUUGAAGCAGACCCUGUGGCCUGAUCAUUGCAUUCAGGGGUCCUUUGGAGCUGAGUUUCAUAAGGAUUUGAAGAUAUUUCCUAAUGAAGUUAGGGUCAAUAAAGGAAUGAAAUGCUGUGUAGACAGUUACAGUGGCUUCUGGGAUAACGGUGACACAUCCCACACCCCACUCUACAACAUGCUCCUGGAGAAGGGGGUCACUGACGUAGUGGUCUGUGGCAUUGCUACUGACUUCUGUGUCGGGUUCACGGCGCUAGAUGCUGCUAGACACGGCUUCAGGACUGUGGUUGUUAACGAGGCUAUCAGGGGUGUUAUGCCCGACACAUCAGCUGGAAUGAUGGCCCGCUGCAGACGAGCUGGAGUGGAAUUUGUUUCCUCCAAGAGCAUUCCUGACAUAGUGAAAGAGAAGGAUGUCUACGACACUGUUGGCCGGAUCUUCAGAGUGAAGAAACAUUUUACUAUUAUUGAUGUUAACGCCAACCAGCAGUACACCCCUCCCGUUUAACUCGGACAUUGUGUUGAAAUGAACUAUAUUUUUAGCGUUGUAUCCUGAUUGUAUGCUUGAUUAGGUUUUUAAGACUUGCUCAAUAUAUAAUAUGGGACAGUAGAUCUGUUUUGUUGCUUUGUUGCCUAAGAAUUAUCAUAUUUACAUUCAUUAUAGAGUAUAGAGUUAAAUUUAAUCUUAUAAUCAAGUUUUUCAGUUGAUCUGAUUCUUCAUUUACAUAUCUCUGUAUAUAACUGGAUUCUUUUGAGAGCAUGUUAAGAUUUGAUUUUCAAUAUUUAGUGACACCAUUUGGUGGAUUGCAGUGAAACUUGAAGUUUUGUUUGACUUUGGAGAUAGAAAUCACCCAGAGUGCCUAAAUCAAGCGUUCCAGUUUGUUUUAUAUCGAACCAAAAUUCUGGUCUGGACAAGUUUCACUGCGUUUGCGUAAUGCUGAUUGCUUUUAUAAUUUUCACAGAAAAAUAGACUAUAAUAUACGAUUUUUUAAUCGAUUUUAUUAGAUUAUAAAUUUACGCAUGUUAUUGAAUAACUUACAUCUUUACGUGAUUUUUGAAUAUGUAUUAGUGUUCGUGCGUGGUUUUUCAUUAA